GAGAGGCUGGAGCGUGGGGUGGGCAGGAGGGAGGCCACGGAGCUGGACGUCAACGGCAGGAACGGGCUGAUGGUCGCCUGCUGCAAGGGCUUCGUGGACAUCGUGCCCUUGCUGCGACAGUGCCCGCACGUCGAUGUCAACCAGCAGGACAAGGAGGGGAACACGGCGCUCAUGAUGGCAGCACAAGCAGGACACAUCACGAUAGUCAACUACCUCCUGAACUACUACCCGGCGCUGGACGUGGACAGGCGCGACGGCCGGGGGCUGACGGCGCUGAUGAAGGCAGCGGUGCAGGGGCAGCAGGACUGCGUGGCCGCCCUGCUGCUGGCGGGAGCGGACCUGCAGGCAGUGGAUCCCAUCAAAGGGAAGACGGCCAGGGAGUGGGCAGCCUUCACCGGCCGCUUUGAGACGACCGUUCGCAUCCGGAGCCUCCUGCGGCGCCCACGGGCCGAGCAGUUCGGCACCUGCUACUUGCCCGAGUGGCCAGCGCUGGCCGGGCUGGUGGCCAAAGCCCUGAGCCCCAAAUCCCGGAGCCAGAGGCUGUCGGAGAAGAUCCGCUCCCUCUUCACCUUCCGCUUCCCUCGCGACCCCGAGGAGGAUGGCGUGAUGGACCACAUGGUGAGGAUGACCACCGCCCUCGCCAGCCCCUUCGUGGCCACCGCUUGCCAAACCGUCUGCCCCGACAGCCCCCCCGAGGUGGGCAAACGCCGGCUGUCGGUGCCGGAGAUCCUCCAGCAGCACGUGCCAGAUGCAGGCACCGCCAGCCCCGUGGCCGGGGCAGCCUCGUGCAAUGGCCAAGCGGUGUCGGAGAUCCGGCUCCUGCCGCCGCGCUGUCCCCAAAGCCGCCUCCUGGGCUUCCUGCCCCGGCGGCUGCUGCUGCUGCGCGGGAACAGCAUCUUCCCCAGGGAGCACGUCCCGAAAAUCAAGCUGACCAAGGCCUCCUCGCCGCCGGCCAGCAGGAGGGAGUGGAGGCAUCGUGCCAGGGACAAGGAGCUGCUGCAGCCGCCCAAGUGGAGGUACAAGGAGCUGCAGGAGGAGAAGAGAGCGGCCAAGGAAGCGGGGAAUGAGAAGAAAAGGAAGAAAGAGGGAAAGGGACCCUAA